AACUGACAAUACAUCCUUAAUCCUUUUUCCUGACCUGUGAAUGGUCGAAGAGGACGAGUACUGGAGAACAAAUCUAUCCUUAUUAAACUUACAUUUGUGCUGCUUAUUAUAAAAAUGAUGUGAAUCAGAAAAUUAUUAAUCUGAAAACUGUAUCGUACAACCAACGUGGUUCACAGUAACGUCAGCGAAAGUUAUUGUACUAUUUCGAUUUCAAUUCGAAAUUCAAAUAUUUGCCAUUCCAUUGUCCGUGGACUUGAUCAUUCGGCAAUAAUGGAAAGUUGUACGCGGUAUGCAUCAGAAAUGAUUAUUAGCACCAGCAUUUAAUCGUUCGCCGAAUACAAUUUCCUGUGCUGGUUUUCUGGCGACGAAUACGUAAAAAGCAAGAAAUCGGAGAAAAGUAUCGUUGAGAAAUUAUUUUAUGCAAACGUCGAGGAUUGGGACAGGCAACAGGGAAGUCAGAAUAUCUAUCAGACUGAACGAGAGGACUCAUGCAUAGGGGAACUGUAUGAUAAAGUUUGUAGUCGCAAAACCCGUAUGUCACAACGAGUCAGGACGAGCAACCGCGAAGGGAGCUCUCGUCAGGAAGGUGGAUUCGGAUUCGCGGACCGAUCGAUACAGCUUCCACCGAAGAAAGAACGAGAAAGUGACGUAGAAGAACGAAAAUCUAAGGACGAGAGCUUACUCAAGGAAUAAAACGAUUCUUAAAUCCUACGACUCUCAUUCUCUCGGUCACGAGAUGCACCUGUCGUUAUCGUUGUCGUCGUCGCCAUUUUUGAUCCUGAUUCUGCUGCCGACGGUGGCAACUGCUGGUUCCUUUAUGGACCUGUUGCGAAGCGUCUUUCAAACGGGAAGGGAGCAUUUUGACAAAAAUGGAAUCGCAUACCCGAUGAUCCGGUACAGUGGCGGAAGAGAUCAACCCCGAGUACCCGAUUAUGCACCGUUCCCAUGCAACGUCCAAUUUGGAAGGUCACCGACGAUACCUGACAGCGUGCAUCGUCUAAGACCCGGCGACAUAGACAUUGUCGGCGGUCUGGGGGACUCGUUGGUCGCGGGAAGUGGCGCUUUGGAGGAGUUUGCCAUAGGCACGUUCAUAGAAGCACGUGGAGUCAGCUGGUGCGUGGGUGGUCAAGGUGACUGGAGACGGUUCUUAACCGUCCCCAAUUUGUUAAAGGUGUUCAACCCGAAUUUGAUGGGCUACUCGACGGGCACAGGCGAAUUUAUCUCGGCGAGAGCGAAACUGAACGUGGCCUUCCCGGUCGCGGCCACGGAAGACGCGCUGCAGCAAGCACGGAUUCUAGUCCAGCGGAUCAAGAGCGAUCCAAAAAUGAACGUGAAGAACCAGUGGAAGCUCGUUACCAUUUUUUUUGGGGCGAACGAUAUUUGUUCCGCGCAAUGUUACAAUCCCGCACAGUUCUCGCCCCUUCGUUAUGCUCUCCACUUACGGAGGACGUUGGACUUUUUAAAAAUUACUCUACCUCGUACAUUAGUCAAUCUCGUGCCAGUCAUAGGUAAUAUAGACUUUUCACAAUUUACUUUGCAUAUACAGGGUGUCCCACGUAACACUCUUCAUGAUUAUUCAAAUGCUUGCUAUAAUCUGAUAAAAAAAUAUUUUCAACAAAAGUUGAUCAGUUUUCGAUUGGCUAUACAUUGCAAUAAAAAAAGUUGGAAAGAAAGUUUUCUUUUUUAUAUUUGUAACAUAAUGAGAGCUUCCUCCAAAUUUUUUUUGGGGAGUAGGCCGAAAUCUUUACCCCUUAGGGUCCCCACUGGUCUUAAUCCGCCGCUGUAUUUAUUUUUAAGUCUCUGUCAUCCGAAGGUCAUGGUGUUCAACCCGAAUUUGAUGGGCUACUCGACGGGCACAGGCGAAUUUAUCUCGGCGAGAGCGAAACUGAACGUGGCCUUCCCGGUCGCGGCCACGGAAGACGCGCUGCAGCAAGCACGGAUUCUAGUCCAGCGGAUCAAGAGCGAUCCAAAAAUGAACGUGAAGAACCAGUGGAAGAUGGCCGACUCGCGAGACGUUGUUUGUCAAGUGCUGACUAAGGGUCGAAGAUACGAUGAUUCCCCGGAUUUUACAGUAGUGUUGCAGCCAUUUAUUAAAUUAUUCAAUGCACCAAAUGCAGACCCGAAGCGAGCACCGCCGAUCGACCCUGCUUUGGUCACGUACGAUUGCUUUCACUUCAGUCAGAAGGGUCACGCAUUAGGAGCGAAUUUGUUGUGGAACAACAUGUUCGAACCAGUUGGAAAUAAAACGGAACGGGGACUGCCAGAGGUAUUCGAGAGACUAUUGUGUCCGAACGAGAACGCGCCAUACAUCUUCACGAACGUCAACUCGAGACGGUUUCGAAUGACAGGGCGCCAAGAUGGUAUCACCGUGGCUAGACGACGAGCACGGGGAACCGACUGAUAGCGACGGCGCUCUCACACUUAUGUGAUAAUAACUACCAAUACGUAUGAACAAUGAUGAAUCCACCGGGUCAGUGGAAAAUUUCACAAGCGAUCUUGAUUGUCAAGAAUGAACUUGGUGCAUCAUGCACGUUUUAGAAAACGAUGAUAUAGGUUCCAUAGUCCUCUCGACUGAUAAAAAUUAUGUCCGUGGAACUUUGGAACAAAAUUAAACGAAAAACAAACGUU